AUGUCAACAUCCGACUCAAUCACCAUCCGGCCCCGCGAAAUCUCAGACGUCCCCGCUUUGAUCGAUAUCCUCACCGAAGUCUUCAACCUAACUAAGUAUCCCGUUGACGGCCCACCAUCCUUCUCGUCCCGCUUCACAUCACCAAAUGCCUUGCAUUCCCUCGUCGCCCUACACAAUGGCACUCUCGCCGGCCACGCCGAAAUCCAAGAUGCCUCCAAACACCCUCCCGCCAUCACCGAAUCCCUGACCCCACUAAGUUCCUACGCAGCAUUCGUAUCGCUGUUUGUGGACCCGAAACUCCAGGGCAAAGGCAUCGGCGCAAAGCUUGUGCAUGAGUCGGUGGUGUGGGGCAAGGCAAAUGGGAAGAGGUUGGUGUUGAUUGUGCUGGAUAAAGAUGUGGCUGCAACAAGGAUGUAUGAGAGGUUGGGGUGGAUUAAGGGGAAGGAGUAUCCGUAUGAGACGAAGGAGGGGGAGAGGUAUGGGGCUACGAUGUUCAUGGCGCCGGUGUAG